UGCGCACAUGCUGCUCUGCGUUCACUUUCACAUAAACAAGAGUAGUGUAGUGGAUAGCAAAACAUGGAGCAUCGAUUUGACAGGGCAGCAGCGGUGCUGUCACCGCUGGAGGAGUCCAGCGCAGAGGUGAGCAGAGACAGCGGCAUCGUGUCCCAAAGCGCCAGCAGCUUGUCUAUGGUGAGUGAGGCCCUGAGCAGCGGUACCGUGUCUCAGAGCCCGAGCUUUGGCGCUGCAGUGGCCCAGAGCCCGAUCUCAGCAGCCGGAGAAACCCAGGACCAGAGCGAGCCGGAGCAGACUCAAGACGACGAGCUGCUGAGACACACGGCCAUCACAUACUCCUCUUAUAUCAGAGCCAACGCCGAAGAAGAGGUCUUGUGCUUGGAGAAAAGCCUGGAAGAAAUGCUUACAAGAGUUGAUGAGUUUGUUGGUAUGCUUGAUAUGAUUCGAAAUGACACCUCACAGGUGGUCAAUGAGAACCUACCACAGAUACAAAGAAAAUCGGAAGAGAUGAGAGAGAUUUACCAAAAAAUUGACAAAUUGGAGGGCUUUGUCAAAAUGGUUGGAGCCAAUGUCAAUGCAUUGGAAGAACAAGUAACUCAAGUUGAAGGUGAAGUUGGAACCCUACCAGGCGCCUUCAAAAAGAUCUUCCGCACAAUGGCCGUGCCAGGUUUUUUAAAUAAACCUGCUAGCCCAAGAAGGCAAUCACAAAGACAUCAAGAGCUUCCCAGUGUCUUUAGAACAGAUGAUUACUUUAAACCUCAGUCUGAGCAGUAACGGAGAGAUUAUCGUAUUGACUUUAUGAAGUACUGACCAAGACCAGGGUUCUCCAACAUCAGCAGCGCUGCCUGCUUUCAGGUGCAAACACCUGCUGGGAUUGCUAACACAAACAUUUCACAGUCACUUUAUCUGCAAAUUAUUCAAACGAAUCCUGAUCAAAGCCGAGUGUUAUUUUAGUAGGCAGUCUAAUGGCAGCUAGUUUUAUAACCUAAAGAAGCUUUGGUUUUAAAUAUCUUAUUUUUCCUGAAGUGCCUCUCCAGGAAGUCUGACACUGUUUCUUAUAAUUGGGAAAGCAUGCUCGAAAAAUGUCAGAACAUUAGUUCAAACGUUUAUAUGAUUUUUAUUCAAACUUGUACAUAGUUUUACAGCUUUAUAAUUUUUUUGCCCUUGGUCUUUUCUUCCAGUGCUUGAGGAGAUCUUUUUGCACUAUUUUCACUGUUGCUAUUUAUCACUGAUAUAUCUUAUUAAGGUCUACAGUUUGAUGUCUGGCACAUGUUGACAAUUAAUAUUUAAUUAAUUCAUGUAACCAGUGUAAUUGACUCUGGGUAAUUAUGUAGCAUUCAGUGCCGCACUUAUCAGCCAAACAAUCGCCACAACAAACAUUGUUUAUCAUGGGCCAUUUACUUUUAUACUUGUAUGUACAUGGACAUUAGUCUUAUGCUAAUUGUUACAUGAUGAUAAUUGUGACUAAUGAUUGUCUGUUUGUAAUAAAUUUCCAAAUGUAGCCUAUAGCAUAAAGUGACUACAUUUCAUUA